UCUCGCACAGUUGCUGUUAACCCCCACACAGUAUUCGCUAUGGGAGUCGCAAUGGGGGAGGGGACUCCAAACGCUUUUACUAACCUAUGUGGGCCAUAAUAAUCCUGCUCUUGCUGCAUUGACUAUUGAGCAUUUUACGGGUACUGGCCAGCACACGGACCCGGUGGCUCAGGCGAGGGAUAUUCCGCGGGAAGCGCUUGACGCCACGCGGAAUGAAGCAAAGAAGGCUCUGCUUAAAAUACCUGACUCUCAAAAGCCACAAAAGGCUUUUACUACCAUUACUCAGGAACCUCGGGAGCCUUAUAUGCAAUUUAUUGACAGAUUAAAGCAAGCCUUAGAGCGCCAGAUAGAUAAUGUGGAAGCGCGGGGGCGGUGGCGGCAGCGAAAUGGCGGCGGCGGCGGCGGUCGGGCGCGCAGUGCCGGCGUGGCGGCGGCGGCUGCUGUGCCUCUGUGUGUGCGCCGCGCUGCUGCUGCCGGCGGCGCGGGGCCUCACCGAGGGGCUGUACUGCGGCCGCCGGGUGCGCUACGAGGUGCUGGGCGUCAGCCGGCAGGCCAGCAAGGCGGAGAUCGCCCGCGCCUACCGGCAGCUGGCCCGCAAGUACCACCCCGACCGCUACCGCGGGGAGCCGGCCGCGCUGGGCGGCGGCCCGCAGGCGGCACACGAGAAGUUCCUCCUCAUCGCCACCGCCUACGAGACGCUCAAGGUGAGAGAGCGGGGACCGCCGCCGCGGCCGGAGCCGCUCCGGAUGAAGAAAUGCGCAAAGAUUAUGACUACAUGUUGGAUCAUCCUGAAGAGUAUUACAGGCAUUAUUAUCACUACUACAGCAGGAGAUUGGCACCGAAGGUGGAUGUCAGAAUAGUGAUUCUGGUUACGGUGAUCUCCCAGGCUAAAUGGCCCCCACAAUGGCCUCUGGCCAAUGUUUCUCAGACCUUAGCAGGGAUUGGAGGUGCUGGAAAUAGUCACCAGAGCCUAGAGCUCAUUCAGAUACUGGGCCCGGAGGGGCAUGUGGCCUCUGUUAAGCCCUUUGUGCUACCUGUGCCUAUGAUCUUAUGGGGACGUGAUGUACUGUCACAAUGGGGAAUGGCUAUUCAAACGCAUUUUUAGGAGGGGCCAUUGAGGUGCGCGACACCCUGAGAUUAACCUGGAAAACUAAUACCCCUGUCUGGGUGGAUCAAUGGCCCCUGCCGAUGGAAAAGCUUCGCGCCCUGGAAGAAUUAGUUGAUGAACAGUUAUCCAAAAGACAUGUUGUGCCCUCUGUAAGCCCCUGGAAUUCACCUGUUUUUGUGAUUAAAAAACAAACUGGCAA